GCGCAGAUUCGUCCGGAGAGCAUACCACUCAAUGGGACCCAAUGACGUCUGGCAUGUUGAUGGCUAUGAUAAAAUGAAACCUUUUGGGAUUGCAAUUAGUGGCUGUAUCGAUGGAUUUUCUAGAAAAAUCAUGUGGCUGAAAUGUGGAAAGUCUAACAAUGACCCUGGCAUAAUUGCUCAAAAUUACAUGCAGUGUGUAGCUGAGUUUGGAAUUAUUCCAAUGCGUCUCCGCACAGACUGCGGCACAGAAAAUGGACUGAUGGCAUCACUUCACUGUUCCCUGAGAUCAGAGCAUGCAGAUGAGUUUGCAGGAGCCAAAAGCCACAUGUACGGCACUUCAACAUCCAACCAGCGCAUUGAAAGCUGGUGGUCCUACUUUCGGAAACAAAGGAGUCAAUUUUGGAUGGAUCUGUUCAGUGACUUGAGGGAGAGGCAUCUCUUCAAUGGCAACUAUCAACACAUAAGUUUGGUGCGAUACUGCUUCUUGGGUGUCCUGCAGAAUGAACUGGAUGAAUACAAGCAAUUGUGGAACACUCACACUAUUCGUCCAGUUCGCCAAUCCCAAUGCCCAUCUGGUAAACCAGAGGCUAUGUACAAUGUGCCUCACAGAUUUAACGGAAGGAAUUGUGGAUUCCCAGCAUCUACACAAACCCUGAGCCAGUUUGACAGCCUCAUGCCAGCGCCAGCAACUCCUGGUGGAGAGGAUGAACAGCAAACUCGCUUUGAAGAACUGCAGAGACAAAGUGGUUUGACAUCUCCUCUACAAUGGGAAUCUGCUGUAGAGAACUACAUCACCCUGAAGAACAUGGCUGAUCUUUAAU